AUGACGUUAGUUUUUAAUGUGCCGCGCUAGCAACGAGUUUAUUUAACAAUUCAGGAAGCAAUGUUUCGAAAAUAUUUCGAAGAUCAGGGUAUGUCAGACUCCAGAGAUAGUUGGUAUAAGCCUAAUAUGCUCUACAAUAUUCAUUACAGACCAUCAAAACCAAAAGACCCACCAAAGUUCAAAGUUAUUACAAAGCUAUUUAACCCCAGUAUAUGUACAUGUGGUGAUCACGGGUGUGAGCCUCAUUACAGGAUGGAAAGGGAGGUUGUUUGGCUGGAAAAAGAGGUCGACAGUAAAACAGGAAGGGAUAUGCAGGAAGUUGACAAAAUGGUCGUCAUGGCAGCAUCGAGUAACAGCAAUAUCAAUGAAAUCACAAAGAAAUUGGAGAUCUGCGAAGAUGAUAAUAAUGAAGAGAAGUCCAACGGGGAAGAUAAUGAUGAUGAUGAAGAUGAUGACAACGACGAUGACAGUUAUGAUGGUGGUGACAACAAUAAUGUUGCUGCCGCUGAUGAUGACGACAAUGAUGAUGAUGAUGGUGAUGAUGACGACGAUAAUAAUGCUGCUGCUGCUUCUGAUGAUGAAUACGAUACUGGUGAUGUUUCUGAGAUUGGUGCGACUGAUGACAAAGAAGUUCUUAUUAGUUCUGAUGAGGAAUAUGGAUCAGCUUUUGGCAUUCUGAUGGUGUACUGUAACAGCGAGAUUCAUUCUACAUGGGAUGUCAAAGAAUGCAACAGCUACUAGAUACACGAUGAAACUUUUGAAAUGAUUUGUUUUUUCAUUAUUUUUUUCUCCAGUAGUAUAAUUAAUCAGUAUGUGAACUUUGAUAUUGCGUUGU